CUGAACGCUUUGGAUUUAAAAAUAUCAAAUAAAUAAUGUUACUAAAGUAAUGGAUGAAUAUUUAAAGAAUUAUUUCAAUAAAUUUAUCAAAAUAAUUCAUUUUCUGAUUCAAAAUGAACAGAAUCAAAAUGAAAUUGAUGUAUACACGAAAAAACUUUGUAAAAAGGUGACUGAUAGUGGUAGUAUUGGAACUUAUGGGCAAUCAAUAUCCAACGAAGUGAAAUAUGCUCAACAAGAGAACAGUAAUGUAUUCCCUUAUUGUUUCGGUAUUUUAACUGAAAAAAUUCAAAACAAUUCAACAAGUUCGCGACCAAAACGUGAUGUUGUCAGGUAUGUGUUAGGUGAAUCACAGACAAUGAAUAGUGGAAUUACAAGUAAGCUAACAAGUAAGCAUAAACUGAAGAAAACUGAUCAUCAAGCCCAAAGUAAAAAAAAUAAUGAAGGCUUACAAACGAUAAUACAACAGAAGAAUGCAACAACUCCGCAUGAAGAAGCUUCCACUGGCCUGGAUGGCAACUCGAACAAGAAAAACGAGGCUAGUGGAAAUAAAGCCGGUUUAUUUUCUGCUAUUGCAGCAAGUACGCCGAAGAGUGAAAAGAAGCAGGUUAAAGAGAAAGAUGCUGGUAAAGGCGUAGACUCUAUGAAGAAGCCAGCUGAAGUUGAAGACGACCGCCAUGAGGAGGAUACUUCACAUGCUGGAAAGGAGAAAAAUCUCUUGAAACGACUUAAAAAACAAAAGCCUAAACAAUUGAAGCAGUCACCAACAGGCAGUACUGAUACAACAGGUGAACAGGAUGAUAUUAACAAAAAAGGUCUGGGCAAAAGUCGGCUAUUCAAGUCAGUCGAAGAAGAUAAGCAUGGCAAACAUAAGGGUAAACACACUGCAGAUCAUGAUACUAAUGCUGAUGAUGAUGGUGGCGAUGAUGUCGGUGAUGAUGAGACUCCAUCAGAGCAUGCAAACAAACGAAAAAUUAGAAGUCACCUGCUCAAGUCCAGUCACGAUGAAAAAGACAAAAAGGGAAAAGGGAGUAAACCAGCUAAAGACGCUGAUGUUGACGAUGAUACUCGGCGAAUGGAUAAGUUCAAAAGUCAUAAACAGAAAAAAGAAGAAGAAGAGGUGAAGGGUGAUGUUGACGACCAGCGUAAACACACUGUUAAACUGUCUAAAAAGAGACAAAAACUACAGGAUGAUGAAGGCGAUGAGGAUGUUGAGGAUAAGGAACACACUAAACAUCACGACACGGCUUACGAGUGGCGAAAAAGGCGGAAACCGAAAGUCACAUCAACAUCCUCAUAUGUUGACAGUGACGAAGAUGAUAUCCAUGAUGAGGAGCAUAGCAUGAAAAGAAUGACUAAGGCUAAAACUCGUGGGAAGCACAAGGUUUCAUCAAGAUCAAGGUAUGACUCCGCUGAUUAUGAUGACGAUGACGAAGAUUUUGACCAGCGUGAUGUUGAUGACGAAGAAGACAGGAAACACAAAGCUCAUCGUAAACCCGAUCGAAAAUUGAAAGACAAGUUAAAGUCUAGAGAAAAACAUGAAUUUACCCAUAGAAGAAGAGAGGAUAAAAAGAGGCACUCCAAAAAGAGACACGCUGAAAAAGGCUACAGAACAUCAAGUGAAGAGUCGUCAAGUGAAGAUUCUUCUAGUAGUUAUGCAAAACACGAGAAGCACUGCAAGUGUGGUUGCACAGAAUCACAUGACACUUCACUAAGGGUUCAUUGUCAUCCAGAGCAUCGUGAUUACUGGCCAAGUCAUUAUCGUCGUCGACAUGAAUACCUUUGUCAUGUGAAAGAAUCCCCUCCAUCUUACCUACACCAGUGUAAAGAUACUGAAGAAGACGAUAUCUUGGGAACACUGGAACAGAUAUGUUCAGAUAAACGUAGACUUUACAAAGAACGCUGUUGUGCCGAUUCAUCAAGACGAAAACGCUGGAGUAGACACAAUAAGUCUGUUGACCUUAAACGAUACUUAUCUCCACAAACUGUGAAACUCUUGAAAGCUGUUGAAAAACCCUCUGCACUUGAUGGUUUAUCAAUGACUCGUCUUGAAAAGAAACUGAAACAAAGAUUACCAAUCCGAUCAAAAAUCGAUUUGACGCUAAGUGACAAGGAUGAUUGUUAUAAGUGUAAUACCAGCAGAGAUUUAUCUGAUAACAUCCCUCAGCAACAACAACAACAUCCGAAUAUAUUUCAAAACCCAACAAAUAUGCCAACAUGGUGUCCUCCAGUUCUACCAGUUCUGUCUCCACCACGUGUUUUAGUCAAACAAAUUCCAGUGCCUGUUGUACUGCCCCAGUGUCUUCCAACAAAUCAGCCAACAGCCUAUCCAUGUCCAAUGCCACCAACAAAUCCGAAUUAUUUUAACCCGUCUGUUGUUGGUCAACAAAUGCCACAUUAUGCUGUACCACCGUAUUGUCAGUAUCCAUGAUGUUUUUGUUUCAAAU